AUGAGUGCAUGGGCGGGGAUGAGUUGCAUGGGCGGGGAUGAGUGCAUGGGCGGGGAUGAGUUGCAUGGCGGGGAUGAGUGCAUGGGCGGGGAUGGUUGCAUUGGCGGGGAUGAGUUGCAUGGGCGGGGAUGGUUGCAUGGCGGGGAUGAGUGCAUGGGCGGGGAUGGUUGCAUGGGCGGGGAUGAGUGCAUGGGCGGGGAUGGUUGCAUGGGCGGGGAUGGUUGCAUGGGCGGGGAUGGUUGCAUGGCGGGGAUGGUUGCAUGGGCGGGGAUGAGUGCAUGGGCGGGGAUGGUUGCAUGGGCGGGGAUGAUGCAUGGGCGGGAUGAGUGCAUGGGCGGGGAUGGUUGCAUGGGCGGGGAUGAGUGCAUGGGCGGGGAUGAGUGCAUGGGCGGGGAUGGUUGCAUUGGCGGGGAUGAGUGCAUGGGCGGGGAUGAGUGCAUGGGCGGGGAUGAGUGCAUGGGCGGGGAUGAGUGCAUGGGCGGGGAUGAGUGCAUGGGCGGGGAUGGUUGCAUGGGCGGGGAUGAGUGCAUGGGCGGGGAUGGUUGCAUGGGCGGGGAUGGUUGCAUGGGCGGGGAUGAGUGCAUGGGCGGGGAUGAGUGCAUGGGCGGGGAUGGUUGCAUUGGCGGGGAUGAGUGCAUGGGCGGGGAUGAGUGCAUGGGCGGGGAUGAGUGCAUGGGCGGGGAUGAGUGCAUGGGCGGGGAUGAGUGCAUGGGCGGGGAUGGUUGCAUGGGCGGGGAUGAGUGCAUGGGCGGGGAUGGUUGCAUGGGCGGGGAUGGUUGCAUGGGCGGGGAUGGUUGCAUGGGCGGGGAUGGUUGCAUGGGCGGGGAUGAGUGCAUGGGCGGGGAUGGUUGCAUGGGCGGGGAUGAGUGCAUGGGCGGGGAUGGUUGCAUGGGCGGGAUGGUUGCAUGGGCGGGGAUAAUGCAUGGGCGGGGAUGGUUGCAUGGCGGGGAUGAGUGCAUGGGCGGGGAUGAGUGCAUGGGCGGGGAUGGUUGCAUGGGCGGGGAUGGUUGCAUGGGCGGGGAUGGUUGCAUGGGCGGGGAUGAGUGCAUGGGCGGGGAUGGUUGCAUGGGCGGGGAUGAGUGCAUGGGCGGGGAUGGUUGCAUGGGCGGGGAUGGUUGCAUGGGCGGGGAUGAGUGCAUGGGCGGGGAUGAGUGCAUGGGCGGGGAUGGUUGCAUGGGCGGGGAUGAGUGCAUGGGCGGGGAUGGUUGGAUUGGCGGGGAUGAGUGCAUGGGCGGGGAUGAGUGCAUGGGCGGGGAUGGUUGCAUGGGCGGGGAUGAGUGCAUGGGCGGGGAUGGUUGCAUUGGCGGGGAUGAGUGCAUGGGCGGGGAUGAGUGCAUGGGCGGGGAUGGUUGCAUGGGCGGGGAUGAGUGCAUGGGCGGGGAUGGUUGCAUGGGCGGGGAUGAGUGCAUGGGCGGGGAUGGUUGCAUGGGCGGGGAUGAGUGCAUGGGCGGGGAUGAGUGCAUGGGCGGGGAUGGUUGCAUUGGCGGGGAUGGUUGCAUGGGCGGGGAUGGUUGCAUGGGCGGGGAUGAGUGCAUGGGCGGGGAUGGUUGCAUGGGCGGGGAUGGUUGCAUGGGCGGGGAUGAGUGCAUGGGCGGGGAUGGUUGCAUUGGCGGGGAUGAGUGCAUGGGCGGGGAUGAGUGCAUGGGCGGGGAUGGUUGCAUGGGCGGGGAUGGUUGCAUGGGCGGGGAUGGUUGCAUGGGCGGGGAUGGUUGCAUGGGCGGGGAUGAGUGCAUGGGCGGGGAUGGUUGCAUGGGCGGGGAUGAGUGCAUGGGCGGGGAUGGUUGCAUGGGCGGGGAUGGUUGCAUGGGCGGGGAUGUGCAUGGGCGGGAUGAGUGCAUGGGCGGGGAUGGUUGCAUUGGCGGGGAUGGUUGCAUGGGCGGGGAUGGUUGCAUGGGCGGGGAUGAGUGCAUGGGCGGGGAUGGUUGCAUGGGCGGGGAUGGUUGCAUGGGCGGGGAUGAGUGCAUGGGCGGGGAUGGUUGCAUGGGCGGGGAUGAGUGCAUGGGCGGGGAUGGUUGCAUGGGCGGGGAUGGUUGCAUGGGCGGGGAUGAGUGCAUGGGCGGGGAUGAGUGCAUGGGCGGGGAUGGUUGCAUGGGCGGGGAUGGUUGCAUGGGCGGGGAUGAGUGCAUGGGCGGGGAUGGUUGCAUGGGCGGGGAUGGUUGCAUGGGCGGGGAUGAGUGCAUGGGCGGGGAUGGUUGCAUUGGCGGGGAUGAGUGCAUGGGCGGGGAUGAGUGCAUGGGCGGGGAUGGUUGCAUGGGCGGGGAUGAGUGCAUGGGCGGGGAUGGUUGCAUGGGCGGGGAUGGUUGCAUGGGCGGGGAUGGUUGCAUGGGCGGGGAUGGUUGCAUGGGCGGGGAUGGUUGCAUGGGCGGGGAUGAGUGCAUGGGCGGGGAUGGUUGCAUGGGCGGGGAUGAGUGCAUGGGCGGGGAUGGUUGCAUGGGCGGGGAUGGUUGCAUGGGCGGGGAUGAGUGCAUGGGCGGGGAUGGUUGCAUGGGCGGGGAUGAGUGCAUGGGCGGGGAUGGUUGCAUGGGCGGGGAUGGUUGCAUGGGCGGGGAUGGUUGCAUGGGCGGGGAUGAGUGCAUGGGCGGGGAUGAGUGCAUGGGCGGGGAUGAGUGCAUGGGCGGGGAUGAGUGCAUGGGCGGGGAUGGUUGCAUGGGCGGGGAUGGUUGCAUAGGCGGGGAUGAGUGCAUGGGCGGGGAUGAGUGCAUGGGCGGGGAUGGUUGCAUGGGCGGGGAUGAGUGCAUGGGCGGGGAUGAGUGCAUGUGCGGGGAUGGUUGCAUGGGCGGGGAUGGUUGCAUGGGCGGGGAUGAGUGCAUGGGCGGGGAUGGUUGCAUGGGCGGGGAUGAGUGCAUGGGCGGGGAUGGUUGCAUGGGCGGGGAUGGUUGCAUGGGCGGGGAUGAGUGCAUGGGCGGGGAUGAGUGCAUGGGCGGGGAUGAGUGCAUGGGCGGGGAUGGUUGCAUGGGCGGGGAUGGUUGCAUGGGCGGGGAUGGUUGCAUGGGCGGGGAUGAGUGCAUGGGCGGGGAUGGUUGCAUGGGCGGGGAUGGUUGCAUGGGCGGGGAUGAGUGCAUGGGCGGGGAUGAGUGCAUGGGCGGGGAUGAGUGCAUGGGCGGGGAUGAGUGCAUGGGCGGGGAUGGUUGCAUGGGCGGGGAUGAGUGCAUGGGCGGGGAUGGUUGCAUGGGCGGGGAUGGUUGCAUGGGCGGGGAUGGUUGCAUGGGCGGGGAUGGUUGCAUGGGCGGGGAUGAGUGCAUGGGCGGGGAUGAGUGCAUGGGCGGGGAUGAGUGCAUGGGCGGGGAUGGUUGCAUGGGCGGGGAUGAGUGCAUGGGCGGGGAUGAGUGCAUGGGCGGGGAUGGUUGCAUGGGCGGGGAUGGUUGCAUGGGCGGGGAUGGUUGCAUGGGCGGGGAUGAGUGCAUGGGCGGGGAUGGUUGCAUGGGCGGGGAUGGUUGCAUGGGCGGGGAUGAGUGCAUGGGCGGGGAUGAGUGCAUGGGCGGGGAUGAGUGCAUGGGCGGGGAUGAGUGCAUGGGCGGGGAUGGUUGCAUGGGCGGGGAUGAGUGCAUGGGCGGGGAUGGUUGCAUGGGCGGGGAUGGUUGCAUGGGCGGGGAUGGUUGCAUGGGCGGGGAUGAGUGCAUGGGCGGGGAUGAGUGCAUGGGCGGGGAUGGUUGCAUGGGCGGGGAUGAGUGCAUGGGCGGGGAUGGUUGCAUGGGCGGGGAUGGUUGCAUGGGCGGGGAUGGUUGCAUGGGCGGGGAUGAGUGCAUGGGCGGGGAUGAGUGCAUGGGCGGGGAUGAGUGCAUGGGCGGGGAUGGUUGCAUGGGCGGGAUGUGCAUGGGCGGGGAUGAGUGCAUGGGCGGGGAUGAGUGCAUGGGCGGGGAUGAGUGCAUGGGCGGGGAUGAGUGCAUGGGCGGGGAUGGUUGCAUGGGCGGGGAUGAGUGCAUGGGCGGGGAUGAGUGCAUGGGCGGGGAUGAGUGCAUGGGCGGGGAUGGUUGCAUGGGCGGGGAUGAGUGCAUGGGCGGGGAUGGUUGCAUGGGCGGGGAUGAGUGCAUGGGCGGGGAUGGUUGCAUGGGCGGGGAUGGUUGCAUGGGCGGGGAUGAGUGCAUGGGCGGGGAUGGUUGCAUUGGCGGGGAUGAGUGCAUGGGCGGGGAUGAGUGCAUGGGCGGGGAUGGUUGCAUGGGCGGGGAUGGUUGCAUGGGCGGGGAUGAGUGCAUGGGCGGGGAUGGUUGCAUGGGCGGGGAUGAGUGCAUGGGCGGGGAUGGUUGCAUGGGCGGGGAUGGUUGCAUGGGCGGGGAUGAGUGCAUGGGCGGGGAUGAGUGCAUGGGCGGGGAUGAGUGCAUGGGCGGGGAUGAGUGCAUGGGCGGGGAUGGUUGCAUGGGCGGGGAUGGUUGCAUAGGCGGGGAUGAGUGCAUGGGCGGGGAUGAGUGCAUGGGCGGGGAUGGUUGCAUGGGCGGGGAUGAGUGCAUGGGCGGGGAUGAGUGCAUGGGCGGGGAUGGUUGCAUGGGCGGGGAUGGUUGCAUGGGCGGGGAUGAGUGCAUGGGCGGGGAUGGUUGCAUGGGCGGGGAUGGUUGCAUGGGCGGGGAUGGUUGCAUGGGCGGGGAUGAGUGCAUGGGCGGGGAUGAGUGCAUGGGCGGGGAUGAGUGCAUGGGCGGGGAUGGUUGCAUGGGCGGGGAUGAGUGCAUGGGCGGGGAUGAGUGCAUGGGCGGGGAUGAGUGCAUGGGCGGGGAUGAGUGCAUGGGCGGGGAUGGUUGCAUGGGCGGGGAUGGUUGCAUGGGCGGGGAUGAGUGCAUGGGCGGGGAUGGUUGCAUGGGCGGGGAUGAGUGCAUAGGCGGGGAUGGUUGCAUGGGCGGGGAUGGUUGCAUGGGCGGGGAUGAGUGCAUGGGCGGGGAUGAGUGCAUGGGCGGGGAUGAGUGCAUGGGCGGGGAUGAGUGCAUGGGCGGGGAUGGUUGCAUGGGCGGGGAUGGUUGCAUGGGCGGGGAUGGUUGCAUAGGCGGGGAUGAGUGCAUGGGCGGGGAUGAGUGCAUGGGCGGGGAUGAGUGCAUGGGCGGGGAUGAGUGCAUGGGCGGGGAUGGUUGCAUGGGCGGGGAUGAGUGCAUGGGCGGGGAUGAGUGCAUGGGCGGGGAUGAGUGCAUGGGCGGGGAUGAGUGCAUGGCGGGAUGA